AUGACUGUGCAGCGCGUUGCAACAAAGCCUUUUGAAGGACAGAAGCCGGGCACCUCGGGACUUCGGAAGCGUGUCAAAGUUUUUGAACAGGAACAUUAUACGGAGAAUUUUGUGCAGGCUAUCCUGGAUGCGAUCCCAGACGGACCGAAAGGAUCUACUCUGCUUGUGGGGGGUGACGGUCGCUAUUUUUCUGAGCCUGCAGUGCAAACGAUUAUACGCAUAUGCGCUGGCAAUGGGGUAAACAAGUUGAUUGUUGGGCAGAAUGGUAUUCUGUCUACGCCUGCGGCCUCGCAUGUAAUCCGACAGCGCAAGGCCACGGGGGGUAUUUUGCUCACCGCGAGCCAUAAUCCUGGUGGUCCCGACGCUGACUUUGGUAUCAAGUACAACACAAAGAACGGCGGGCCUGCUCCGGAAAGCGUCACGGACAAGAUUUUUGAGUUGACCAAGUCGCUUGACCACUACUUCCUUGUCGACGGUCCCGACGUGGACAUUGCCGCUCAAGGCACCAAGAGGCAUGGAGAGAUGGAUAUCGAGGUGAUUGACUCUGUCAAAGAUUAUGUCGAUUACCUCGCGCAGAUCUUUGACUUUGACAUGAUCCGCUCCUUCCUCGGAAACGGUGACUUUUCCGUGCGUUUCGACGCGCUGCACGGCGUCACGGGCCCCUAUGCAGAGGCCAUCUUUCUCGACCGCUUGGGGCUCGGCAAGAAUGCGGUGCAGAAUACCCUUCCAUUGCCCGACUUUGGUGGCGGACACCCCGACCCCAACUUGACGUACGCCAAGUCGCUCGUCAAUGCCGUCGAGAAGGAGCAGCUGUCGUUUGGUGCCGCGAGCGACGGCGAUGGCGACCGCAAUAUGAUCCUCGGCAAGGGUGCGUUUGUGAACCCCAGCGACAGUGUUGCAAUCAUUGCCGACUGGGCAGAGCGUGUGAUUCCAUACUUUAAAGGUGGCAUCCGCGGCCUGGCGCGUAGUAUGCCGACCAGUGGUGCCAUAGACCGAGUGGCUAAGGCGCACAACUACGAGUUCUUUGAGGUGCCGACUGGCUGGAAGUUCUUUGGGAACCUCAUGGACGCCGAACGCCUGUCUAUUUGCGGCGAAGAGUCUUUUGGAACCGGCUCGGACCAUAUCCGCGAAAAGGAUGGUCUCUGGGCAGUCGUCGCCUGGCUCAGUAUCUUGGCCGCGGCCAACAAGGAGAAGCCAGGUACUUCGGUGCACGAUGUGCUACAGGCACAUUAUAACAAGUACGGCCGCAACUUUUUCAGCCGCUACGACUACGAGGAGGUGAGCAGCGACAAUGCCGCAAAGAUGAUGGACGCCUUACGCAGCAAAUCUGAAACGCCCACUUUCAUUGGUAGCCAGCUCGGCGCAUUUAAAGUCGCUGAAGCAGCAGACUUUAGCUACGUGGACCCCAUCGACGGCAGUGUGAGCAAGCACCAAGGCUUGUAUGUGUGCUUCGACGACGGCUCGCGCAUUAUUUUCCGCCUCAGCGGAACGGGCAGUAUGGGUGCGACCAUCCGUCUGUACGUGGAGAAAUAUACCCACGAUCCAAGCGAGUACAACGCCGACGUUCAAGUGGCACUCAAGCCGCUCAUCCACGAGGCACUCACACUCAGCGCACUGCAGCAGUGGACUGGGCGCAACGCGCCUACAGUGAUUACAUAA